GACGGACCGAACACAAUCCGGCCCGAGCACUGCGUGGCGAACCGUGUGUGCCGCGGCGAGACCAGACGAGACAUCAUCGGGUUGGCUCCGAUGUCCGAUGUUGGUAACGGGCUUCCACGGUGGAUUACUGCACCUCGCACCACGGCAAAUCGUGUGCCCCGUGUGCGCUCGCUCUGCGCCGCCCGGUUCUCUCUGUGCGUUUUAUUAGUAGUGCGCGAGGCGGUCGAGAACUUGGAACACGCUGGAUAAUGAUACUAUCAAGGUCGCCGGGGAACCAGUUAGAGUACUAACGAAGGAAACGUGACCGCCUGAAACAAGUAUACCGUCGUUGCAUAGAUAUUUUCGUCGUAAAGUAUACAAGAACCGGCAUAGAUAUCGCCGCGGAAGUUUUACACGUGUCCCUUAUUCUGCAUAGUUUGUUUUUAUCUAAUUCCCGGCCGAAUUGAAGUAGUGCCGCGGCGAGCGUUCACGCGGCGCCUUCGUUUUACAGCGGGAGAAAUUUUGGGAAAGCUUUAGGUCGCGGACAAUCAUGACGAGGAGGAACAGCUUUGCGGAAAUUGAGGAGACGAGGAAGGAGCCGAGGUUUUACCUCACUACGAAAAAUAUUAUAAUAGCUGGUGUUGUAUUAGCUGCAGUGAUUCUAGCGAUAAUAGCAGUUUGUAGUAUUUAUGGAGCGAAUAGAGAUCUGGAAUUUCAAGAACAUGAGGAAGUGCCGCCAGAUCCGGAAACUAAGUUACCUCCAUCGCCGAGUAAGCUGAGGGUUUUCAAACGGGGCGCCGUUUGCGCGGAUGGUGCGCCAUGCGCGGUCGUGGGCAAAUCGAUUUUAGAAAAUAAUGGUUCUGCGGUGGACGCUGCGAUAGCCUCUAUGAUUUGCAAUGGUCUCGUGAAUAUGCAAAGCAUGGGUAUUGGCGGUGGUUUUUUCAUGACAAUUUAUGAUAAAGCUACGCAACGUGCUUACACGUUGGUCGCUAGAGACAGAGCACCGUUGGCGGCCACUGCGACGAUGUACGAAGGCAAGCCUAAAGAAGCAUCGUUUAGUGGACCGUUAUCCAUCGCUGUUCCCGGAGAAGUGGCCGGCUACUGGGAGGCCCACAAACGUUUCGGUAAAUUGCCGUGGGCCGAUUUAUUUAAGCCGUCGAUCGAUCUGUGCACAGAAGGAUACAAUUUAACAAAAAUCCAACACGACGGAUUUACAUAUAACUCGAAGAAUAUUUAUCAGAAUUCAGUAUUAAAGAAUUUGUUUGUGGAUCCAGAGACCAAUGACUUCUACAGACCAGGGACGAUCAUAAGACCCAAAGUCCUCUGCAAAACUUUGCAGACUCUUGCAGAUAAAGGAGCCCCUGAAUAUUAUAACGGUACUCUGGGAAAGUUAUUAAUACAGGAUUUGCAAAAGAAGGGUGCAAUAUUGACGACGAAAGACUUAAAUAGUUACAGAGCUACCUGGGAGGAACCUCUCCAAACGAAUCUUUCCGACGGAUUGAGAGUGUAUACCGUUGGCAUGCCUGCCAGCGGCGCUCUCUUUACAUAUAUUUUAAAUAUUUUAGAUAACUUCCAUUUCACCCCUGCCAGUAUAGCCGACAACAACCACACAAUUCUUACAUAUCAUCGAAUGAUAGAGACGUUCAAGUACGCUUACGCGUUAAGAAAUGACAUGGCUGAUAAAGAGUUCGUUGACAUGGAGGAAUUGACUAAGAAUUUAACGUCCAGGAACUACGCACACUUAACGCAAAUGCAAAUAGACGAUCACAGAACAUGGGAUGAUCCGAAUCAUUAUGGUGCCGUGACAUUUGGCACUGCAAAAGAUCACGGAACUGCCCAUGUUUCGGUACUAGCGCCAAACGGCGAUGCAGUUGCAGCCACUAGCACCAUUAAUUUCUACUUCGGAAGCGGAGUAGUCAGCGAAAGUACUGGAAUAUUAAUGAAUAACGCGAUGAACGAUUUCGGAGUUCCAUCUACGCUUAGUUAUUAUGGUGUUCCACCUAGUCCCAAAAAUUUUAUUGCGCCCGGAAAGAGGCCAUUAUCAUCGAUGGUACCGUCAAUUCUUGUUGACCCCAAUGGCGACGUGAAAAUGGUUAUUGGAGCUUCUGGUGGGACAAAGAUCACUACUACUGUAUCACAAAUAGUAGCCAAGAUCCUUUGGAUGGGAGAAACUGUUAAGGAAGCUAUGGACGCGCCGAGAAUACACCAUCAAUUGUUUCCCCCAGAGAUCUCUUACGAAUACGGGGUGCAGAAAGAAGUGAUAGAUGGCUUGAAGAAGAUUGGUCACAAAACCGCGCGUUACAGAGUACGCGGUAGCGUGGCGUGCGUUAUUCUCGUGAAUAAUGGCACCAUUUACGCGAAUGCGGACUUCCGAAAACUCGGCGACGUAUACGGAAUUGAUUGAAUGGAUACGGACAUGUAAUAAGUAAACGUUAUCCUCAACAUUAACGGUACAACUUCCCAAACUGUAACAGGGGAACGUUGGUCGAGAGUAUUGGUAAAGUCUUCGAUUUUAAUUAAAUUUAAAAAUUUCCAAUUCCUUCCGAGGAGCUUCUCUUGUUAUAAGUUCGUCCUGUACACAAUUGUACGAACUUGGACUUCCUCAAUAAAACUUUUGCACGUGUCAUAUCGUUAAUCAAUUUCUCUUGAAUUUAAUUUCGAAAUUUGUUAAACAAUCUUCCUACUGAUGACUUAAUACCGAAGUAUUUAUAGGUGUUAUCAAUCUGUGUUUGUCAUGGAAACUUCUGUCUUACAUUUACUUAAGCGAAUAAGAUCUAAGUGGAAAUCCGUGCCCGCUCGUUCCCGAACGUUCUAGUAAGAGGAAACCGAUAAAUAAACUGAUAGUAAAGCGAUAUUUUUCCGAAAGUAAACAGACCUAUUUUUAUCUACAAAUUACAUAUCAUGUUGUGUGUAGUAUUUUAUCGCUUUUUUCGGAAAUCUUGACAGGUAUUUCACGUUUUGUUAGCUACUCGUUACCAGUAAAUUUUAGAUCAAAUUUCAUAUGUAUAUACCGAUGUCUU